AUGCUCCUGGAGCUGUGGGAAAGGGGCUGUCUGCCUCUGUGCAGCGGUGGGAAGAGCUGCCUGUGCUGCCUGUGCCCAGAGGGCUGCCUCCCGCGCCGCUCACGCCACAGAGCAUCUCUUGUUCUUGCCUCUUCAAGUGCCUACAAGAGGUUCAGUGAACUGCUGCCAAAGGAGGAGAGGGAGAAUGCCUGCUCCACGCGGGUUCCCAAGAGCCAGAUCCUGACGUUGCCUGAGCUGCGGGCAAACCCCUUCCAGCACCGGAUCUGCCGGGUGUUCUCCACCUCAGACAAUGGGGACGACAGCAUGUCUUUUGAAGACUUCCUCGAUAUGCUGAGCGUCUUCAGCGACUCCGCUCCCUCAGACAUCAAAUCCCACUAUGCCUUCCGCAUCUUUGACUUUGAUGACGAUGGGACGCUGGACAGAAAGGACCUGGAGAAACUGGUCAACUGUCUGACAGGGCAAGGCGAGGAGUCCCGGCUGAGCAACGCGGAGAUGGAGCAGCUCAUCCGAAACAUCCUGGAAGAGUCUGACAUCGACAAGGAUGGCACCAUCAACCUCUCCGAGUUCCAGCACGUCGUCUCCCGCUCCCCGGACUUCACCAGCUCCUUCAAGAUCAUCCUGUGAGAGCCCUGCGGCUCUCCAGCAGAACUGCUCCUCCGGCUGUUGCAGCUCUUCGUGGUCUCAGACACUUCCUCUUUUAGUGAGCAGAGUGGCAGAGGGCCCCGCUCCUCACCAGCCCGGCAGUGCUGCACGGUGCCUUAGGCAGGACACCCUCCUGCUCCCCUUUCACGCCCAGCAGGCGAGAUGGCGGGCGUCUCUGCAGCCUGCAGAGGUGGGGCCCUGGGAAGCUGCCUUGCCUGCAGCCGCUCUGCUCUCCCAGGAUCAGAUUUUAACUCCUUAUGCAAACCAAGGGCAGCUCUGGGGGUGGGGGGAGGCACACAGAGGUGCUCCUGGCUGGGGGCCACGCUGCACCGAGCACAGCCCCUCUCUGCCCUCCGUACCAAUUUGUGCCUUCCACUAGCAGACGGGGAGCUGCCUCUCCCCACCAAGCCCCUGCCCAGCUCUCCCGUCUUCAGGGGAGCCUCCCUGCUGCAACAUGGAUCCAUCUCUCUAAGCAAUAAACCAAAUGUGGAUCCGUUUCUCUGAGCAAUAACCCAAGUGGCACUGUAGAUGUGCCAUCCCGGCAGCAGAGCUGCCCCCCCCCCCCCACCCCAAAAGAACACAAA